CGACGGCUGGCGAUCUCCUCUCUGCCGCAAUGCUGUUAUAAGAAGAAGGAAGUGGUACGAAGCUGGACAAGAGUGUCGUCUGCGGCUAGAGCCAUCUCAAGCAGGAGUAGAACGAGUUUAGAAUCGCAUCACCGAGCGACAGAGAAAGGGGAGAGACAGAGAGAGAAAGCUGCCCUUUACUGUUAGGCCUAGAUGGAUUUGAAAGAGGAGGAACGUGAGGCCGACAUGAAUAUUCUGGACAAAAGGACCCCAAAUGUUAAGGAGGAGGACUAUGAAUGGGAGUACGUCCAACCUAAACAGGCAUGUCUGGGUAUUAAUGAUGAGGACUGUCAACUGGGGUCAGUGGGCAUUAAAGUAGAGGCUGAAGACACGUCUGCUCACGUUGAGGUGCACAAAUUUAAAAGGACUGAGAUUGUCAAGGAAGAUGAACAAGAUGGAGUGGUGACCAGGUUAGGCUCCUCUCAAAGCAGACACUGUCCAUCACCAGAGUCUUCUAUCAAUGUGAAGUCUGAAUCAUUUGAGCCUGACACAAAGAGGACUGAGGAGGUUUCAUCUGGUAGAACUCCAGAAGAUCAGCCAUCAACUUCAGGGAAGUCCACAGAAGGAGACAAACCUCAUUGCUGUUCUGAAUGUGGCAAACAAUUUUCGUCCGAGGGAUGUCUUAAGAUACACAAAAGAAUUCAUAUGGAAGAGAAGUCUUACUGCUGUUCUGAAUGUGGCAAGCAGUUUUUGAAAAGGUGUUUACUUCAUAGACACCAAAGGAUCCACACAGGAGAGAAACCUUACUGCUGUUCUGAAUGUGGCAAGCAGUUUUCGCACAAAUGGGAUCUUCAGAUCCAUCAGAGAAUUCACACGGGAGAAAAGCCUUAUUGCUGUCCUGAAUGUGGCAAACUAUUUUCAUCCAAGGGAUGUCUUAAGAUACACAAAAGAAUUCAUAUGGAAGAGAAGCCUUACUGCUGUUCUGAAUGCGGCAAGCAGUUUUCACAAAAAUGGCACCUUCAGAGCCACCAAAGAAUGCAUACAGGAGAAAAACCUUAUUGCUGUUUGGAAUGUGACAAGCGGUUUUCACAGAAGAGCAGUGUUCUAAGACACCAAACAGUUCACACAGGAGAGAAGCCUUAUUGCUGUUCUGAGUGUGGCAAACGAUUUUCAGAAAAGCGCAAUCUUCUGAAACACCAAACAAUCCACACAAGAGAGUAUCCAUAUUGCUGUUCUAAAUGUGGUGAGAAGUUUUUGAAAAAGACUCAUCUAAAGUACCACCAAAGAAUUCACACACAAGAGAAGCCUUAUUGCUGCUCUGAAUGUGGCAAGCAGUUUUUGCAGAGAUGGUAUCUUCGGAUCCACCAAAGAAUUCACACGGGAGAAAAGCCUUAUUGCUGUUCUGGAUGUGGUAAGCAGUUUUUGCAGAAGAGCAGUCUUCAAAUCCAUCAAAAAAUUCACACCGGAGAAAAGCCUUAUUGCUGUUCUGAAUGUGGCAAGAAGUUUUCGCAGAAGAGCAGUCUUCAGGUACACCAAAGAAUUCACACGGGAGUGAAGCCUUAUUGCUGUUCUGAAUGUGGCAAGCAGUUUUCGCUCAAGAAGAAUCUUCAGAGCCACCAAAGAAUUCACACGGGAGAAAAGCCUUACUGCUGUUCUGAAUGUGGCAAGCGUUUUUUAAAAAGGAGUUCACUUCAUGCACACCAAAGCAUUCACACAGGUGAAAAGCCUUAUUGUUGUUCUGAAUGUAGUAAGUGCUUUUUGCUCAAAACCAGUCUUCAGAUUCACCAAAGAAUUCACACAGGAGAGAAGCCUUAUCGUUGUUCUGAAUGUGGGAAGUGCUUUUCACAAGCUGGCAAUCUUUCGACCCAUCGAAAAAUUCAUACUUGAGAGAAGCCAUAUUGCUUUUCUGAACGUGGCAAGUGCUUAUCACAAAGGAGUCAACUUCAGCGCCACAAGGAAAUUAACAGUGGCAUCACCACAGUGGGACAGACUCUCAUGGUACACUUGUGUGUUCUUAAGAAAAUAAGAGAACCUGACACAGUCCAGUGUGCAUGUGAAGAUAAAGACGAGACCAAGUACUGCUAGUUCUACACAACUGCACAUGAGCUCUCAACUGAAGUGCAUCCUGGGACUGCUUGUGCAAAACUGCAGUGCAGAAAUGUAAUUUUGAUUUCCAAAUUAGAUAAUAUAGAAAAAUAUAUUCUUAAAAUUGGUAAUCUCUACGCUUUAGAAAAGUAUUUUAAGCCCAUGAGAAACGUUAUAUUUCCCUAGGUAUUAAGAUUAAAGUGUUAGGAUUAAAAAGGCUUAUGCCUACAUAUUUUUAUUAUUCUGUAUGAGCUAGAAACCACCACUGUUUCAUAAGCCAAAGGUCAGACGUGCAAGAGAGCUGGAAAGGACGGACCCCCUCUGUUAAAGAGGGAAUACGAACUUUCCAACUAUAAAAAUUGGGGUGACUGCUGAGCUAGCAGGGAGUAAUGAUAGGCCUUGUCAAACGGAUAUGAUGGACAGACUGGGGUUUGACACCCCAUCAGCUAAGAAAUAUUGGUAGAAUGAAUUAGAGGCAGGAUUAGAGCAGUGGAAGGAUAGGAGUCCGAUGAGAAUGAAUAAUGGCUUGUAUGAUAAGAAUUCUGCGGUGGGCUGGCACACUGUCCGGGGUUUGUUUCCUGCCUUGUUCCCUGUGUUGGCUGGGAUUGGCUCCA